AUUACUCUCCAAGUUCCCCACCACCCUUCCUCACCGACCUUCAGCUUCUGGUACAUCUUCUACCAUUACACGGUAUGAUCUCUGUGAGGAAAGCAUCCGCAAGACAGUGAUAAACAUGGCUAGGAUGAGAAGGUCUUGCGUCACGGCUAACUCCAAGAUCACUCACUGUCACGUUGCUGUUCUGCUGUUUAUUGCUACCAUCCUGCUGUACACCCAGUCACUACUGCAGACGGGGAAAUACUCCAUAACCACAGAUGGAACACGUAGAGGAGGAAAUAUUACGGAAAAUAUGACGAGGAAUAAGACUAGGGAUGGCAGAGAGGAACGGCGAGUCAAGUUAGCUUCUCACAAACCCCUACACGAGCCAGGCAUCAGCACUGUCAACAUCUCGGCUUCCACACCUCGUAAUAAACCAUACUGCACGGUACCUCGUGUGUUGCCGCGGGAGCUGGAGGCGCGGCGGAAGAGGGCGCGGGAGGCGUGUGACAGGCUAAAGGAUGAAUUACCAGAGCGGUGGAGGCCAAUGAAGGGCACAGGCCCAGCUACAGGCAUCCUUAAUAAGCUACGCUGGGACCACCUUCACCACCUCGUCUACUGCAUGGUCCCCAAGGUGGCAUCAACGACCUGGGCAUGGCAUCUCUUGAGGGCUGUGGGUGUAAAGGACUCUGUGAUCGCUGCCCAGAGGAACCCACACAUCCUACUGAAGGAGCUACUACCCUCUCCUAGUGUUAAGGAUUAUGAUAUAGGUUUCGUCGAUGAUGCCCUAAACUUCGUCGUCUCCCGACACCCCUUCCACAGGCUCGUGUCUGCUUAUAAGAAUAAGAUCGUAGAAAGCCACAGACACGAGCCUAAAUCCGUUAAACUACGGCGGAUCAUCAACAGCUUACACCACGACCCCAGUGUUACAAUACCCCCCUUUAGGGAAUUUUGCCGCCAUGUUGCCGACGCCGUUGAGGCCUGGGCGAGGAACCCCAACACCGCACCCAAGCCAAACCAUCACUGGAUACCCAUAACAUACAUGUGUUCACCCUGUAUCCUGAAUUACGAUAUUUAUGGCAAACUGGACACGAUGGAUUCAGACACCAAAUUCAUAGCUGAUCAGUGCGGCCUGAGGCACAAGAUAGAUGUGAGUGUGAGAAUGAACCCGUCCACAUCACAGGACAACAAAACAAACUCAACCGAGAAGACGAAGAAUGAUAAGUCAACUCCCAGUGACAGACCAACACUAAAAAGCACAAGCUUUUAGAUAAACACAAAGACAUGAGUAAAUAUAAUAAAACUAAUAAAAACAAUACAAUGAAGGAAGUGUCACUCCAAAAAGACAAACAGACUAAAGAUGUUUCUAAACCUGAAACAGAAGAUGAUCAAAUUAAGAUUCUUUUGCA